CAUUUUCAAUAAUCUAAAAUAAUUAUGAUUACUCUUUGAUGGCACAGGGAGAGGACAAGGAGGACGCCCUAGUCAGUAUCAUGGCGGAGGACUAUCAGGCUAUUCAGGAAUGGCUGGUCCGAUGCAACACGCUGCGGCUGCCCAGCUCAUGUAUCCAGCGUACGGGUACACCUACAAUUCUGAAUAUGGAUACCACCAAGCAUUAUACAACACACAACUCCAGCAAGCAGAAGCACAAGCACAAUACUACCAACAGCAAAUGUACGGCGGAGGAGCAACAUCACCAUCAUCAUCCAACAUCAUGCCUUCUCCUUAUUAUUACCUCCAAGCUCCAAGCCCUAGACCGUAUCCUCAUCAGCAUUAUGGUCAUCAUAUUAACCUUCAGCAGCAACAGCAACAGCAACAACGCUUAACUUCUGCUUCUUCUUACCUAAUCUACCCAUCCAAUUUCGGGGUUCCUACUACUUUUGCUCAUUCACAAGAGCCAAUAUCUUCUUCAACCGAAUCACAAGCACCACAUCAAGUCUCUGGAGGAGGAGAACUCGAUGUAACGGAUGCACCUGAAAGUACAACAACGGACAGCAAAGAGUAGACACCAUCUUCUAGAUCAACUCCGUCUCCAACUUGUACAAUCUUUUGACAUUCUUACGCUCUCUUUCUCUUCAUCCAACAAAGAGAAAAAAGCUGAUUCGUUUAUUUUCUCAGCCAAAUCCACGUAUGACUUACCAUGACUGCUAAAAUAAAGAUGGCUCUAUCUAUUAAUUCUUUUCUUUUCUUUUUCUUUUCUUUUUCUUUCUAACUGAAUUACAAGUUGACUUGAUAUUCUUUUAAAAUAAAUUAACUUUUAAAAAAUCUU